GGGCGCGGGCCGGCUCCGCGCUGCAUGCCGGGAAGUGUGGUCCGGCCGCCAUGGCGGAGGAGGCCGAGAGGAAAGCGGCGCUGGAGAUGGUGCAGGCAGAUGGGACAGAUGGGAACUGUGUCACCUUCGUGCUGCACGAUGAGGACCACACGCUUGGCAACUCCCUCCGCUACAUGGUCAUGAAGAACCCUGAUGUGGAGUUCUGUGGCUACUGCAUCACACACCCCUCUGAAAGCAAGAUCAACUUCAGGAUCCAGACCCGAGGAGCCCUUCCUGCCGUCGAGCCAUUCCGCAAAGGGCUGACCGACCUGCUGGGUGUUUGCCAACACGUCCUCAACACUUUUGAGGUAAGACCCUCAAGAAGACCUCAGGUGUCUUUCCCCUCUUGGUCUCAGAGGGGGAGAGGAAUGAGCCAAGACCUGCUGAAGGUGUUUUGGCUGUGAAGAACCUGACAGGAC